AUGCAUAUCCAAAACUUUCUCUACACCCUCACCUCCCUCACUCUCACAAACCUCGUGACCUCCUCGCCAACUCAAGCCGGCACUCUCUCUACCCCACCCCCACCAGGAGAAACCUAUGUAGUCGGGUUUCCCAUCUGUGCAAUUCCUGGGUUCACUCAGAUCCCCGGCGAUUACAACGAAACCAUUCACCAAUAUCCCAACGCCACUCUCGCGAGCUGUAUCAACGAGUGUCGAUCUGCAUAUCCAGAAUGCAAAAGUAUUGCUUUUCAUGCGCGGUAUACAGAAUGUUUGUGGUUUGAUGAGAGAGUUGAUAAGACGCAAUUGUAUGAGGAUGAUACGAGUGAAUUUGUUCAUUAUGAUUUGAUUUGUCCGGUGCCUGCUUGUUAG